AUGCCCGAGAAGUCUAAGAAAUCAUCUUCCAUUAAAGCUUCUAACAAAUCUACUGAGGUCGUUUCUUCCGAUGAUGAAAGCCACCAACCAAAAAAAAAUAGCAAGAAUAGCAAAAAGAAAUCCAAAUCUAAGAAGUCCAAGAAGCAAAGAAAACGAAAACAAUCAACUUCUCGAUCAGAUUCUCGGUCAAAUUCAAGUUCAGAGAGAACUAGCGGAUUGGAAACUGAUUCUAGUCCAGCUGCUCCCAGGAAAGUAACUUAUCACAGUUUAACAGAAUUACCAAAAGAUACGAAAGAUAACUUGCGUCGAGAAGUAAAAUGGAAUAUCAAACGUAUGCCUACAGGCAGUCAACUCGACAUCAAUAAAACUUUCGAGUCGCAGAAGGAUCUGCGCCACCGCCAUCAGAGAGAAGAUUUAUUAAAAAAAGAGAAAUCCGAAUCUGAGCAAACUGAAGAAACCAAAAGAAAACAUGGCAAUUCACGCCAAAGCGAGAAACGAAUAAGACGAACGAACAUGGUCAGACAUUUACAACUAUUAGACGAUCCAAUUGUCUCAAAGUUAAAGAAAUCGGAACUCAAUCCAAUCAUGUUAAAAAAUGCGUAUCAUAGUCCAGAGGAGUCCGAAGUUGAUUCGGACAAUGAUUCAAAUGAAAAUCGUAUUGUAAUACGAGAUAUCAAGUGGAGAAGUGAUUGCACUAUUUGGAUGUAUUAUUUUAUCAGCAAACAGUUGAUAAAAGAAGAUGAAAACGAGUUUUUGAUAAUUCUCAGAUCGAUGUUAUCGAUUAUAACUGGGGAGUUAAAGAAAUAUAGAGAAAAUGAUGAUAAUGAUGAUAUUGGACACCAUUCAAGAAAGAAACCAAAAUCAGUUGAAGGGAUCCAUGAUGAUGAUGAUGAUAUUGGACACCAUUCAAGAAAGAAACCAAAAUCGGUUGAAGGGAUCCAUAAUGAUGAUGAUGAUAUUGGACACCAUUCAAGAAAGAAACCAAAAUCGGUUGAAGGGAUCCAUAAUGUCAAAUAA